CUUAUUAGCACUACUCAAACAAAAAUGAUUCAUAUUUACAAAAUAAUUAUAAAUUACAGGAUAUUUUAAUAAUAUAUUUUUAACUAUAGUUUUUGAAAAUUGAGGGGUGUUGCAAUGUCAAAUAAUGGCGAUGAACCCGAACGAGUGUGCGAACUUGAAUGUAGAGGCUUACAAGGUAUUCCUGCCAGGCGUGAGUUUGUGGGUCCUGUGAAAAUAACACUAAUUGAAUCAACACCUGUGGACUAUCGACGUAAAGUAUGUGUUUCUGCAAUGAUAGCUAUGGCAAUUCUGCUUUUGGGAGUUCCAGUAUUCACACUAUAUCUUUAUACUAUGCAAUUCAGGUUACCCCUCUGGGUAAACUUACAUAUCGUAUUAUGCACAAUGGCUGUGCAAAUGUUCAUGGUACCUGGUAUCUUAGUGUUGUGUUCAUCUUUUGGAGGAGGCAUGUACCUAAGUCUAUAUGGUAGAAGGUUCCAGCAUUUACUACUACAAUCAUUUGCAGUCGGAUGUGGCGUUGUUGGUGCAUUGUUGAUGUUACCCUAUUUGCAUUGCUCAGGACAUGAUGUAUUAGGCUUUUUUGGCGUAUUAUUUUCCGUCUUUGCCAGUGUUCUUGGGCCUGGAGCAUACUUUACUGCUCCAACUAGAUUCUUUGGCCGGGUGUCUAGGAAAGUACACAUGAUUUUCAGCGUGCCUAGCUACAUAUGCAGUUCACUGUGCUUUGCAACAAUUUAUAGUGAACCUAAAUUUGUUGAUUGGCUUGGUACCAAAAGUUACGUUCUGAUAUUAACAGCAAUCAACACGUACAUUUUUUUGACUGUAUUAGUGGCCAUUUUUAUUAAAGUAAAGACAAUGGGUGACGACACGAAGAGUGAUAUAGUUGAGAUUCCAAAGAACCGUCUUGCUACAUUAAAUUUAUUUAAUGUAAUGAUCGCUAGUGAGCAUCGGGAUUCUUACUGUCUGGCAGUAUGGAUGGCAGCGGCAGUGGGAUUGAGCCAUAUAUUAAUUGGUGCUGUGAACAUUACUCUUAUUAUGUACUCGUAUCGAAGAACAGAAAGCCAUUCAGCGUAUUUUACAAUCGCAUAUAACUUCUUUGCGGCAGAAGCUAUAUUAAGCUUGAGUUUUGUAAAUGGAUGGGCCACACCUAUUAGGUCUAUGCAUCGAAAAUAUGUACAUAUAUUUCUUCAAUUAUGUACAAUUAUUACAGCAGUAAGUGGAAUGAUCAUAGUGGCAAGGAAAUUGCAAUUUCAGCGCACAGCACAUUCAGUAUUAGGGAUGCUAACAUUGCUGUUGACUUUGUUGAGUUCGUUAACUGGACCAUUCGCUCUAAAGCUGGUCGUCAGAAAAGGCCAUUUUGUGCACAUGUCGUGUGGAAUUCUUUGCUUCUGCAGUUCUAUGAUCUGCCUAUGCACGGGACUAGUGAAACAAGACUUGAAACGAUGGACAGGGCAAAAUGUAGUCUACAUGUUGAACCUUUUUAUCAUAUUUUAUUCGUCACUUAUAGUAAUAACUACAAUAAUAAAAGUUGUAAACAAAGGCUAA